UGACACUUAAGUUGUCGUACGUUUUCCACGCUCGACUAUUUUUGUGAAGAUUUGUAAUCAUUAAUUCAUUAUUGUUUUGGGAGCCACGAGGACCGGUGCUUUAAAGAAAUCAGCUGGCCAGUCAUAUUUUGCGUUUUGCAACUACCUACAUAUAAAGUAACCGACUUUUCAUUUGAAUCUCGAAAGUUCUUCAGCAUAUCAAGAUGACUCUGGGGCCGUACAACAGACACCAAUCCGAUAGGAAAAAGCAAGCAGCCUUGGCCGCGGCAUUCCCUCAAGGCAUCAAAUGCCAGAAGUGCCUUGAGUUCGGUCACUGGAGCUACGAGUGCAAAGGAAAACGCAAGAUUCUGGUUCGUCCGUCGCGUACACAGGUCCUCAAGAAGAAUUUGAAGGCUAAGGAAGCUAAAGAGGAACCACAGUGCAGUGGUGGAAGUUGCAAAAUUCCAAGCAAGAAAAAGAAGUGUAAUGGCUCCAGCUGCUCCGACUGCUCUGACAGCUCCUCAGACAACUCCGACUCCUCAAGCUCCGGCUCCAGUUCCUCAGGCAGUGACAGCAGCAGCGACUCUGAGAGUGACAGCGACAGCAGCAACUCAGGCUCAGGGAGUGAUGCAUAAAUAAGCUCAU